GUUCAAAUUGCACAAAAUUCGAGGAGGAAGUUGGUUUUGUGCUCCAAAUUAUCCCGUUUUCAGCCAAUUCACGAGCGUUAAAAGUGAUCGCCGCCCGCUUAUAUCUUAUUCUUGAUUGAAUGUCACCUGUUGCUGAUCUUGCUGAUAGGGACAACACUAAAAUGGCGGAUGUUGUUGAUGGUUCGCGUGAUUUCGUCAAUACGCACACUGUCACUGCAGAUGUCAGUUUUGAGCCAUUAAUACAAAAGCAGAGGUUAAAGAGUGAGAACUUUGACUGCACACCUGAUGAUGUCGCAACUGAAAAUAUCUCACGAUCACCGCUGAAUGAAGAUUUAGGAGAAUUGUGUCAAAUAGCAGGCUUGAAAGGUGAACCUGGAGAGGACAAAUUGACCGAUGCCAACACUAGUAACUCAAAUGAGGUUGAUUUUGUACCCAAGGCCAAGGAUGUCUUUGAUGAUAUUCAUUUCAAACCUGAGGACAAGGUUGCUCUGCUGGAAGACACCAGUGAAGGAAGCAAAGAAGUUUUAUCUGAAAAAAAAGCGAGUGACGUUGUGACUAUCCUGAAGGGAGGAUGCAAUCUGAAGGUGCACAUUGAUGAGGGGGUUUCUGGCACAGCGAAAGAGUGUGUAUCAGUCCAUUCGGCCGACAAAGAGUUUAAAUUUGGUCCAUUUAGCUUCUAUCAUCACUACAACUACGACGUUGUCAAAGAACGCCCGGUGGAACCUGUUGUGAGGAAUGAUCUCGCUGUCCUACCAUUGGCAUCACAACCUGUUAUUAACCACCAACGUGCCGAAAACCAUCAGAGACAGCAGCAAAUUCAGUUCUUGUUCCUUAUUCUUUUGGUGGUCACCAUCAACGUGAAGCAGGAGGUGAUCACAGUUACUUCCCAAGCCAUCAUGAUAGUUGUUGCCAUUUUCCCUGGCAAGUUCGCCCCCAGAUGGUGUGGCCUUCAUGGAGAACAGAAGACAGCGCACGGACGAAGCUCAAACUCCGAUGCACAACAUGGCGACUCUGACCAAGCCUCUCGGCGACAGGGAGCCGAGCCUCCCCGAGGCCCUGGAGAUGGAAGCGGAGACACCAAUGAAGAACGCGAUAAGGAACCACCAAGGCCAGGCCCAAGUGAACAGAAUACCCAGCUCCCAAGUCUAAGACAUGGUGAUAUUAAGGAUAUCAACUAUGAAAUUCAAGUGGUUUUAGCAUCAGUUGGUGACAGGAGUAAUAAGAUCCUGCGUGAGAUGAACCGAUGCCUGAACUGUAGCAGACUUCACAAUGACAAGAACUGUCCAUCAACGUUUUGCGGCUGGCUGACAGUAUUUAUCACACACUUCCUCCGUCGGUCCUGCAGUGAUGUUGACUGCACUGCCUGCAGACUUGUGAUGAGACUGGUUCAAUUCCAUUUGAGGGAUCAGGCAGAAAAAGAUGAAACGAAUGUUGUUGUCACUGAUGACAGCGUCCUUGCCUUUGUUCAUGAGUGGUUCCCACACCUUGGCCUUGACCUUGGCAUUGACCUUGAACUUGACCAAUCUGAGAUGACUUUUGCGGCUGAGCCCAAUUAUCUCGGAAAGAACAAGGGGGCAAAACUUGCGAGCAUCGCUGAAGAGCCUCCAAGGAUGCUUGCUGGGUUUGGAAGGGAGCAAAAUGAGGGGGCUAUUGGUGGAUUCCUUCGGGACAGCUCAGCUGCAGGUGGACGAGAGCAUCAUAUGUUUGAAAAUGAUCAAUUGGCAGACGUCAGCAGUGGAAGUGUUGACCUCGAGACCAGUGGAGGCUUAGGAGGAAUGACUUCAGGUUUGGGUGCCAUAUCUGAAAAGCUGGGAGCUAUGAGUAUCAGCAGUGAGAGAGCUAACACCUCUGACUACUACAGUUAUGCAGAUGCUGAAAAGUAUUUAUAUCGUUUCUAUGAGGAUGAAGCUAGGCCAUCGUCCAGACCAGCGCCCAAAGAGACACGCCAACCCACAAGCCUACCACCUUUCGCCAGAAGAAAAAAGGUGGUCCCAGUCCGCCCGGGACAUAUUGGGAUUGGGGGACCACAUGACCUUGAUCGUACCUGCAAUCUUUGGGAACGGCUUAGAGGCACCGGUUUCGGGCAAUUGAACAGGGAAGUCGAGCGGGAAGCAGAAGGGGUGUUCCUGAACAGUGAUUUUGUUGAGGAGCACUCCAUCACGGUGGACGGCCGGUACGAUGAGGGCACCCACUGGAGGAGGUUGCAGCUGAUUGGUGAGGGAUGCUUCGGCCAAGUGUUCUACUGCCAGGAUGAAACUACCAAAGCCCUCUUCUGCAUCAAACAGAUCGCGUUGGAAAAGCUUGAGAUGUCAGAGAUAAAAAUCUGGGGUCGUCUGGACCAUUCUGGGUUCUGCAACCUUCAUGGUGCCGUGCGAGUUGACCAGACUGUUCUGAUCUUCAUGCCGUAUGUCGGAGGGACGCUUCGCGAGUUUCUCAAUCAGCAACAGCUGGCCAAGCUGCCAAGAUGCCUUGCUGAACGCCUGGAGUUGCUACCAGCCUUGUUUUAUCUUGGCCAGCUCCUGGAGGCGUUGUACUACAUGGAGCAGAAGGGCAUAGUCCACAAUGACUUGAAGUCGGCCAAUAUCCUUAUUGACGAGGACACCGACACAUUGAAAAUCAUCGAUUUUGGUUUGGCCCACCAAAUUCAACCAGGGAAGAAGUAUCAGGUCAUGCGUGCGAUAGGGACACCUAUUAUCUGCAGCCCUGAGAGAAUGCGCUCGGAGGCAUAUGAUUACACUGCUGACGUUUGGUCGUCCAUGGCAAUCUUCCUGGAAAUACUUACCGGCAAUUUCAUGUGGUUCCCAGAGUUCAGUGAGGCAGGCAUUCUCACUCUGACAUUCAAGAUUGGAGAUUUGAAGGCCCCUCCAAUGGAACUUGUUCCUGAUGUCUUGUGCCUCCCCGAGAGAGUACUGGACCUGUUCAGACUUGGCUGGGAUGUUGAUGCUUCAACGAGGUUUCAUGCUGCUGAUCUCUUGAAACUGGUCAAUGGAAUUUACACAGAUCUGGAGUGUGGCGCCUUGACUUAUGAAGAGCCAGUUCCACCAGAAGGGCUGGAUGAGUGUGAGCCUCAGGCUGUAGGAGUAGCGAUGCCAGAACGACUGGAAGUCAUCACCAGUUGUACUGUCAAACUUCCACCAGGCAGGUUUGUUGGAAAUGAGUCUGACGCUAAUGGCUUGAACUUUGUAGAUGCAGUGGAUGGGACUGUCUUUGGUCGGAGCCUUUUGAGCAAGCCGAAGUUCAAUGUCGAAAUUCCAUCGUUGGAGGGUAACCAGGAUGAGCCCAUUGAUGGAAAUGUCCCACGUUUUCUGAACAGCGGUCUGAGCUCUUCGAACCAGAUGAUGAUGAACUCCCCAUGCCAGUCAUUAGACCAAACUCAUCAACUCAACAUCCCAGUCCUUAGCAUCCUUGACAAGACACAUUCAAGUGAAAGCUUCUCUGUACUAGUUACCGAUAUCAACCCACCGAAAUAUCCGCGAUCGUCUGAUCUGGGAAGCAGCGCCCAGCCGAGCAUGGAGUUCGAGAUGCAGAUGCAGAGCGUCACAACGUCAGGAAUAGACCCCGGUUUCCGUGGGACUACCCCAUCUUAUUGUCCGAUGUCUGAGAUGACAGAAGCAUCCAACAGUACUUUUUGUGGCAGCAGCGUCCUGACAGAGGAGGCAAUAUCCAGGUCUGAUCCACAAGAUGAUACUGAUGGACAGAUGGUUCUGCCUGUUGACACCAGGAGAGUUGCUGAACAUGAGUUGCUGCAAUCAUCCUGCGAUCAAAGCAUGCUGUCCAAAGGAAGUUCCUCAAGCUCCGACGAAAUGUUAGAGAAAUUUCAACAAGACUUAGAGGUUGAUCACCAACGCAGAAGCUUCAGUGGCAAGUUGCCUGACGAUGCGAGCUCCGUUGAGGUGAAGAGUCCAGGAACACCUACGGGCUCCGGCUUCUCUAACCGAUCCAGUGUAUCGGGUACAUCAGAGACAAGGAGGAAGAUAAGUGGCGAAGGACGGCCGCGCCUUUUGGAGAAAGUUCACGAAAAUGCGGUUGCCAGUCCAGUGCCAGUGGUUGUCUUUCACAGGAAUAUCAGAGAUGGUGAUACAAAUUGGAUCGUCUCUUUUACAUGUUCAAAGGAAUAUCGCCAACAGCGGAUAAAGGAAGUGAUUGAAACUGUUGCACCUCGGCUUCACAAGUUUUUUCGUCAAUUCACCGUGAGGGACUGCCAGAGGAACGUGUUACACUUGGAUGACACAAUUGACAAGAUUCUUCCCCAACGAGAACAAGAGAUACAUCUCCUCGUUUUGCAAGCAGAUACGGAGAAUGACUCUUGGUAUAUAGAAGACCAUGAGGUGCGCAGGGCCUCUCUGUAUUGAAAGUGUGACUAGCAUGCAAAACUCCUAACACAGAAGUAGAAGAAAGCGUCAACAGAUGUGGACAGAAGCUAGUGUACAUUCAAUGAAGACAUUAACUCGAUUGGCUUCUUUAUAUUCAGACUCGUGUAUCUCUGUAUAGUGAGACUGGCUCUGUGGUGUAGAGGGUCUUGGUAUAUUGAGGACAACCUGGAGGCGUGCAAGGCAUUUAUUUAGUGAAAAGAUUGCCGCCCUUGCUUGGGUGACAGAUCAAGUUGUUGCCACAUGUAGUAGUCCAAAGAGGGUGGCCAACAUCCAGCUGAUCUUAGUCUAACCCAGCUCGCCCCUGUUAGUGGGUGAACAAUCCAAUGCUUGGUGAAUUCUGCUUCACAAUCUUACGUAGAGCCCACAUAAAAAAUGCAUCCUUUCUGGGACUUUAGCAGAACUAGUGUUCUACUGAAUUCUGCAGACUGGAAAUUUCCUUUGGUAUUUUUGGGUUUGACCAGCAAAAUAUACCAAAAUGAAAUACUGCAAAAGGAAAAUCCGGUUGAAAUUACUGUUAAAGGGUUUUUAGAGGUUAUUCAUUGUGUCAUUAUUUUAGCUUUUAUUGGUAAUAGGUGAAAUUGCAAUAUGCAAGUUCGCUGAACCAUUUGCUAUGUGAGUUGUUGAUAAAUCAUGUGCUUGUAGAGGUUGUUUGAUCAUGUGCUUGUAGAUGUAGCUGUCAUUAAAAACGAUGACAAAAAACUGCUUUUUCUUGUACAUGCAAUUAUGUAUUAGGCUUCAACUGUGUGCAAUAAUAAAAAUGCAUAAUCU